AUGUCAGCGCAGACCACAGUUGCAUCGGAAUACUCUUCUGAAAUACACUCUGUACCCAUUGAACACAGAUUCAACCCUUAUUCAGACAAUGGAGGAACAGUGUUGGGAAUUGCCGGUGAAGAUUUCGCCGUUCUUGCAGGUGACACGAGACAAGUUGAAGGGUAUUCGAUACAAUCACGAUACGAACCCAAGAUUCACAAUGUUGGUGACAACAUAUUAAUGACGGCCAAUGGGUUUGCUGCUGAUGGAGUUGCUUUAAUCGACAAGUUUAAGCAAUCUUUCACAUGGUACAAGUUCGACAAUGGGAACAGGAAAUUGGAAAUAAGCAGUGCUGCCAGAUACAUUCAGCAUCUUUUGUAUGGGAAGAGGUUUUUCCCAUACUAUGUGAGUACGUUGAUUGCAGGAUUGGACGAGGAGGGCAAAGGUGCAGUAUAUUCAUAUGAUCCGGUUGGAAGUUACGAAAGAGAACAGUGCAGAGCAGGUGGUGCUGCAGCUAGUUUGAUCAUGCCCUUUUUGGAUAACCAAGUCAACUUCAAGAACCAAUUCGUACCAGGAACUGACGGCAAAGAAAAGAAACCAUUGAAAUAUUUGUCGUUAGAAGAAGUGAUACAAUUGGUACGAGAUGCGUUCAACUCUGCUGGUGAAAGACAUAUCUACGUUGGUGAUGGGUUGGAAAUCUUGAUUGUAACAAAAGAUGGCGUUAGAACUGAGUAUUAUCCAUUGAAAAGGGACUAA